UUUUGUUCCCACGAUUUAAAUAAAUCAGAAAUCUCUUAAACGUGAAGCAUAUUCAAAGGCAGUAAAAGCUUGUUAACUGUACUGAUAUUUUAUAAACACAGUUCAUCAACGAUGUUAUAUUGGUUGUUAUAUGUUGUUUUGGUGAUGAGGGUUGCGUGUUUUUAUGGUCAGCAGGAUGAUGGUUUAACUGUAGAAGAGUUACAUUCCAGAAUAAAAGACCUAGAAACUACUGCCAAAAUCCUGCUUAGAAAACUUGCACAAGAACAAGCUUCAAAUACAGAAUUCGGAACAAAUCUAGUCCCUAAUGUGGAGAAGAGAGGCUAUAUUGAUGUGUUGUAUUCAGGAGGUGAGGUAGGCUUUCAUUCGACAUUAUACAACGCCGUGUCUGUAGACAGUGGCCAGAAUAUACCAUUUGAGAUAGACAUCACAAAUAUUGGCAGUGCAUUUGAUGAGAGGUCUUCACAGUUUACAUGUUUGCGUUCCGGAACUUAUAUAUUUGCACUGACCAUUGCAUGUGAGAGAGGAAGCUAUGUUGAGGCCUAUCUUGAAAUAAUCAGUGAAUCACGCGGCAAAACGUACUAUCUUCUCAACAGUGUUUGUGAUCAUAGAGAGAGAACAAUACUUGGUGAACGAUUAUAUUGUGGGUACAGUCAAAAUGGCGGCACGACUGUUGUUUCAUUACAGGAAGGUGAUGUUGUUGCUGUGAAAUCGGAUAAAUCAGGAAAACUCGCCGGUAGUGGACUUUCAACGUUUUCCGGAUACCUUCUACGUUCUUCAGAUUAAGAAACAAUUUUUGAUAUGGGGACCGUUAGUGCAUUUAUGAUGUAAGGGCUUUAUACCCCCAUGCGUUUAUCAAUAACAACAAAUUUGUUGUUUCUCAAAACAUGAACGCGGGCGCUUCUGAUGUUUUGUAUACACACAUAAACGAGUAGUUAUUGCGGAACUUACUUUUACAAAUACCACACUCUUGUUUUAACAAAACAUACGCAAUAAAUUGUUUGCAUAAAUGUACCCCCUGAAUUGCAAUUAAUACAUGUAUACUGUGCUAGAUUAAUCAUUUUAAUUCAUUUGCAUCUGAGUAAGGUGUUUUAACUAAAAAUGCUGCAUUUUUAAUAGUAUAAUUAGACGUGUAUAUUUGAAAAGAUUGCAAAAUGAUUAAUGAUUAUUAAACAAUUGAGAAUGGUUAUAAUGAUGAUGAAUAAAGAUAUAUAAUUACGAUAUUCUUAGUUCACACAUAUGCUCGUAUUCUCCUCAAACAAGACCGACGAAGACACUUGACAGAAUACGACAGGUGAAAGAAUAGACAUUUCAUUGAAAUCGACAGUUGAUACAAAUGUGUUUGUGUCGAAAUUUAACGAAUACUUAAAAUAAUGAAAUUAUUAGAUAUUCUUGAAACAAAAUCUGUAGUUACGAAAAGGAUCUCGAGUACAGAUGAGAAAAAUGCCUGCCUGAGUGUACUAAGGAAUAUUUAUUAUUUCACAGCUACCGUCAGAUCACAGAUACAAAUUCACUUCUAUCAUUUUAGAAAUUAUUCAGGAUUUAGAAAAAACCGAAGUUAUAUGGUUAUAUUGUUAUAUGGUUUAUUCUCAAGAAUGGUUAUUUCAAUUAAUAUCUUUAAUCCGGAAUAUUUAUGGUUAUCAUUAUAUUUACUUCAAAUGCUGUUACCUUCUUUAUAAAGUUACUUAUUUUGUACACUUUGUAUGUAACGUCCGGAAACCUUGACGUCCGUUAUGUCGCCAAAAAAUGGUGGCAUAAGCUUUUGUUACUCUUUACUCAAUUUUAAAUGCAAUGUAUAAUUCUGUGCAUUGUAAUUGUGUGCAUGUUUUCAUUUCGAAAGAAAAAAAUAUUUAAAUCAAAAAAGAAAAAUAAUACUGGCUGUUUUAUAGAAUAUUCUUUGCAAAUGUUUAAUUACAAAUGUACUUUAUUAAUGGAACUUCCAUGUAAUAAACCUUGUAUGUAUAUGUAUCAAACGUUGUCUGCUAUAAGUCGCUUUUUAGAAAGGCAAACUAUGUUCCUUACAUUUACAUAUUGUCAUUGAACUAGUCCUUAUUGUUUCCAGAUAUGCAUAUGUUUUAAACGAAUGUGAGGUUGUGCAUGACCCAAGAUCAGAUAAUUGCUAUCGAGCUGUCCGUCUAUAUUUCUUGUCAUUGUGAGUUUUUAUGUCAUGUGGUGCUACUUCUGAAUUAACCUUUUUCACUUUCAAAAAUUAUGUUCUUGUAGAAAUAUAGCUUAUGCUCGUAAGGAAAUAAAGGUCGUGUUACUUAUAAUAACAAUAUAGUAAAGUUUCCUGCCGAAAUAUAGAAAAAAGUCUUGCCUCAGUAUAUGUAAUACUUGUGCACCGAUAGAGUUAAUGUUCGUGGAAUAAUAAAAGUGUAUAAAAGUAUAUAUCUGCUGAACAAGUAUUGUUUAAAU